AUGACCGUCAACAGUUUUACCGUAUUCGAUUGGGUGUCAUUUGCCCGGGUCCCAUUUGUCAUUCUGCAUCAUAUUGUAUGCAUCAGUUAUGCGCUAAGGAAGAAGAGAGUUUCGCCGAUUGUCAGGGUGGUUCUGAUAAUCUUCGGCCUCGACCUGUUCGACCUGAUACCAGAAUCGGUGCACGAUUUUCUAGCAAUUUUAUUGGAUAAGGAAAUUUAUCCCGAUUUCCUGCUCGCCUAUAUCGGGUUCACGCAAUGCUUUCGGUGGUACGGUAUCCUCUCCCUCGUCUGCUAUAUGGCCUUCCUACACCUCUGGUCAAUUUACGAUAUCUCACGUGUGACGGCGAUCCUAGUGUUUUGCACAGCCAUCUGCCUCCCUCUAUUAACCCCAUUCUCCGGGUUCAUCUACAACACCGGCGGCCAUUUCUGGUCGUUCGACCGCGAGAAGCCGGGUUAUGACCUUUAUGUCUACUGGAAUUGGAUCGCGCAGGGCAUCUGCCUACUGUCGAUCAUCUCCGCCGACCUGUACGUCAUCUAUUUCCUCCAACGAUAUCGGAAGCGAAGAAAAGCGGCCGUCCUCCUCUCGUUCACAACAACACAACAAAAUAUCGGUAUCCUUUGUCGGCGUGUUAAACGUCGAUUUAUUGUAUCUGAGACGAGAGAAAGCUCCCUUCCAUCUUCGAAGAUUACUCCCGUUCUCCCGGUAACCCCAGCUGUUGUAAUACGGAAUUGUCAAAUUAAACCCAAAAAAGUCGAGAAAAGCCUCGCUUUCUGCUUUAUCUUCUUCAGCCUAUGCUUCCUAUUGGCGACGGUGUCAUUUAAUUUUCUUGGCGGAUUAAAUUCCUCGCUUGUAAAAGUCAUCCAAAUGGUCGCCAAAUGGCUGGAAUACUUUAAAUUCACGCCUUACAUUUGGGUGCUACGGACU